AUGGCGCUGCGGCGACUCGCCCGCCACGCCCUCCACCGCGUUGUGCCCGUUCCCACACCUCCCCUGCCGCUCGUCCCCUUCCCACCUGAACUCCGAAGUCACAUCCUCCUCCACCGCUUCUCCACUUCGUUGUCCGACCAACCGCACUUCAUGGUCGACUACCUCGUCUCCACCAGCGGCGUCCCGCCGGCCAAGGCCGCGAAGGCGGCCCCGCGGUUCGCGCACCUCAGAUCCCCAGACAGGCCCGACGCCGCGCUCGCCUUCCUCCGCUCGCAGGGCCUCACCCGCGCGCAGGUCCGCGCCGUCGUGACGUUCCACCCAACGCUGCUCCUCAGCGACGUGGACGCCACCAUCGCCCCCAAGUUCCGCGCCGUGCGGUCGGUGGGCCUCACCCACGCUGAGGCCGCGCGCCUCUUCGCGCUCUACCCGCCCGCGCUCACCUGGGGCGUCCACACCAACCUCCUCUCGCGCCUCCUGUUCUGGCUCGAUCUUCUCGGCUCCACCAGAUUACUGAUGAAAUGCCUCACCAAGAAGUGGCUGCUCAAGUACAGCGUCGAAUGGCUCAAGGACAGCAUGUCCACGCUCCACGGCUACGGCGUCCCCGAGGCGCUGCUCGUCGCCACGGUGUGGCAGAGGCCGGCGUUGAUCUUGCGGUCGCCCGCCAGGCUCCGGGUGCUGGCCGCGCGCGUCGACGCGUGCGGGGUGCCGCGUGGCUCCUGGAUGUAUGCGUGGGCGCUCCUGGCGCUGCACUGCGUCAGCGACGCCGAGUUCCGGGCCAAGAUGGCGCCGUGA